AUGGCUGCCAAUGCCGUUUCCCAUAGGGAAAAGUUUGUGCAAAUUCCGGCCGCUUCUGAGCCUCUUUCCCCAAGUGUGUUGGUUGGGGCUGUGAGGGGAGACCGGGAGCAACACCCCACUGAAGCUUCACCCACAAACCUGCACUUAGCUCAGAGCAACUCUGAUGUGCCAACCAAGAAAAUGGCGGCUGCCUCCAUAUGUGGGGACUUGAUUGCCAACCCUGGCUCUGAUCCUACACACACAUUGGCUAAUACUUUACAUAAAGUGCAGCCAGAGACCUUUAGUGCCGAUUCCUCUUCUGGUAUGGAUCAUACUUUGUUGGGGGAUGGUUCUACUACUGCUGGAACAGCGCCCCCUAGCAGCUCAUAUGAUGUCAGACACAAAGCUCCGCCCCCUAUCGGCUCAUAUGAUGUCAGACACAAAGCUCCGCCCCCUAGUAGCUCAUAUGAUGUCAGACACAAAGCUCCGCCCCCUAUCGGCUCAUAUGAUGUCAGACACAAAGCUCCGCCCCCUAUCGGCUCAUAUGAUGUCAGACACAAAGCUCCGCCCCCUAGCAGCUCAUAUGAUGUCAGACACAAAGCUCCGCCCCGUAGCGGCUCAUAUGAUGUCAGACACAAAGCUCCACCCCCUAGCGGCUCAUAUGAUGUCAGACACAAAGCUCCACCCCCUAGCGGCUCAUAUGAUGUCAGGCACAAAGCUCCGCCCCCUAGCGGCUCAUAUGAUGUCAGGCACAAAGCUCCGCUCCCUAGCGGCUCAUAUGAUGUCAGGCACAAAGCUCCGCCCCCUAGCGGCUCAUAUGAUGUCAGACACAAAGCUCUGCCCCCUAGCGGCUCAUAUGAUGUCAGACACAAAGCUCCACCCCCUAGCGGCUCAUAUGAUGUCAGACACAAAGCUCCGCCCCCUAGCGGCUCAUAUGAUGUCAGACACAAAGCUCCGCCCCCUAGCGGCUCAUAUGAUGUCAGACACAAAGCUCCACCCCCUAGCGGCUCAUAUGAUGUCAGACACAAAGCUCCGCCCCCUAGCGGCUCAUAUGAUGUCAGGCACAAAGCUCCACCCCCUAGCGGCUCAUAUGAUGUCAGACACAAAGCUCCGCCCCCUAGCGGCUCAUAUGAUGUCAGACACAAAGCUCCGCCCCCUAGCGGCUCAUAUGAUGUCAGACACAAAGCUCCACCCCCUAGCGGCUCAUAUGAUGUCAGACACAAAGCUCCGCCCCCUUGCGGCUCAUAUGAUGUCAGACACAAAGCUCCGCCCCCUAGCGGCUCAUAUGAUGUCAGACACAAAGCUCCGCCCCCUAGCGGCUCAUAUGAUGUCAGACACAAAGCUCCGCCCCCUAGCGGCUCAUAUGAUGUCAGACGCAAAGCUCUGCCCCCUAGUGGCUCAUAUGAUGUCAGACUCAAAGCUCUGCCCCCUAGCAGCUCAUAUGAUGUCAGACACAAAGCUCCGCCCCCUAGCGGCUCAUAUGAUGUCAGACACAAAGCUCCGCCCCCUAGCGGCUCAUAUGAUGUCAGGCACAAAGCUCCGCCCCCUAGCGGCUCAUAUGAUGUCAGGCACAAAGCUCCGCCCCCUAGCGGCUCAUAUGAUGUCAGACACAAAGCUCCACCCCCUAGCGGCUCAUAUGAUGUCAGACACAAAGCUCCGCCCCCUAGCGGCUCAUAUGAUGUCAGACACAAAGCUCCGCCCCCUAGCGGCUCAUAUGAUGUCAGACACAAAGCUCCGCCCCCUAGCGGCUCAUAUGAUGUCAGACGCAAACCUCUGCCCCCUAGCAGCUCAUAUGAUGUCAGACACAAAGCUCCGCCCCCCUAG